UAGCAUUGUUCAUAACAGAGUUAUAUUUAUUUUAGCUUUUAAUUUUUCAGAGAAGAGUAACAAGAAGAAUGAAUGCUUCUCUCCUAAAUGUUCCUCAGGAUCAAUUAACAUUCAAGGACGUGGCUUUGGACUUCUCACAGGAGGAAUGGGAAUGUCUUGACAGUGCUCAGAGGGCAUUGUACAUGGAUGUGAUGUUAGAGAAUUACAACAAUCUGUUUUUUGUGGAGAAUCAUGGGAUGUGUCAUACAUAUGAGAACAUCUUGGAUCAAGACCUACAGCAUAUUGUCCAUGAUCAUGGGAAUAUCCAAGUGAAAUCUUAUACAUGUCAUGAGCUUGGCAAAAUCCUUCAUGAAUCCACCCAAAGUACACCUUAUAAAACUAACCUCAGGGCUACGUCUGUUGAAUCAUCAAACCUAAGCAGACAUGAAACUGAAAACAUCAGAGAACCUUGUAACUCUAAAAACCCUGCUAACUGUUUAAAUUCAUUCUCUACCAUUAGUUUAACUCAGGGAAUCCAUAGAAGCAAAGAAUACAAUGGUACAGAGCUUGAUAAGGUUUUUGACUCUAAACAAAAACUCAUGCUGAAGCAAACCAAUAAUAGAAAGAAACCUUACAAAUGUAGUGAAUGUGACAAAUGUUUCACCAAGAAAUGCAAGCUUAGACAACAUCAGACAAUUCAUACAGGAGAGAAACCUUAUAAAUGUAGUGAAUGUGACAAAUGCUUUACCCAAAAAGACAGUCUUAUUAUUCAUCAGAGAAUUCAUACAGGAGAGAAACCUUACAAAUGUAGUGAGUGUGACAAAUGCUUUACCAGCAAAAGCAGUCUUAAUGUUCAUCAGAAAGUUCAUACAGGAGAGAAAUCAUACAAAUGUAUUGAAUGUGACAAAUCUUUUACCCAGAAAGGCCAUCUUAUAAUUCAUCAGAGAAUCCAUACAGGAGAAAAACCUUACAAAUGUAGUGAAUGUGACAAAUGCUUCACCUACAAAAAUGGCCUUAGAAGUCAUCAGAUUAUCCACACAGGAGAGAAAGCUUACAAAUGUAGUGAAUGUGGCAAAUGCUUUACCCACAAAGGCGAUCUUAGAAGACAUCAGAACAUUCAUAUGGGAGAAAAACCUUACAAAUGUAGUGAAUGUGACAAAGGCUUUACUCAAAAAUGCCGUCUUAUCAUUCAUCAGAUAAUUCAUACAGGAAAGAAAGGUUACAAAUGUAGUGAAUGUGACAAAUGCUUUAUCCUCAAAAGUGAUCUUAGUAUUCAUCAGAGAAUUCAUACAGGAGAAAAACUUUACAGAUGUAGUGAAUGUGACAAAUGCUUUACAAAGAAAUACCGUCUUGGAAUUCAUCAGAGAAUACAUUCAGGAGAGAAACCUUACAAAUGCAGUGAAUGUGACAAAUCUUUUACUCAGCAAGGCAAUCUUAGAAUUCAUCUGCGAAUUCAUACAGGAGAAAAACCUUAUAAAUGUAGUGAAUGUGACAAAUUGUUUACUCAAAAAUGCAGUCUUAUUAUUCAUCAGAGAAUUCAUGCAGAAGAAAAACCCUACAAAUGUAGUAAAUGUGAUAAAUGCUUUACCCGCAAAAGCAGUCUUAGUACUCAUCAGAGCAUUCAUAUAGGUGAGAAACAUUAUAAAUGCAAUGAGUGUGACAAAUGCUUUACUGACAAAUACUGUCUUAGAACUCAUCAGAGAAUACAUUCAGGAAAUCAACCUUACAAAUGCAGUGAAUGUGACAAAUCUUUUACCCUGAAAGCCAGGCUCAGGAGUCAUCAGAGAAUUCAUACAGGUGAGAAACCUUACAAAUGUCACGAAUGUGGCAAAAACUUUACGCAAAAAGGAAGUCUUCUUAUUCAUCAGAGAAUUCAUACAGGAGAGAAACCUUACAAAUGUAGUGAAUGUGACAAAUGCUUUACCAACAAAAGCAGUCUUCAUGUUCAUCAGAGAGUUCAUACAGGAGAGAAGCCUUACAAAUGUAGUGAAUGUGACAAAUGCUUUUCCCACAAAGGCGAUCUUAGAAAGCAUCAAAGAAUUCAUACAGGUGAGAAACCUUACAAAUGCAGUGAAUGUGGCAAAACCUUUACCCAAAAAGGAAGUCUUCUUAUUCAUCAGAGAAUUCAUUCAGGAGAGAAACCUUACAAAUAUAGUGAAUAUGAUAAAUGCUUUACCUUCAAAAGCAGUCUUAUAAUUAAUUAAAGAAUCCAUGCAGGAAAAAAAAACCUUUAAAAUAUAGUGAAUGUGACAAAUUCUUUAGUCAGAAAAAUAUCUUAGCCCUCAAUAGAGAAUGUGAAGUAGAGAAACUUCACAAAUGAAGUGAAUAAGAAAAAUCCUUUCCCAAGGAAGAUCAUCUUAGAAUUUAUCAGAGAAUACAUAUAAAAGAGUCCUUAAAAAUGUAGUAAAUGUACACAUUUUUUAGUAUUGACUCAUUGAUUAGAAUACAUCAAAAAAUACAUACAAGACAAAAAACUCAGAAAUGUAAUGUAUGAAGAAAGGUUUUUAGCCAAAUCUCAGAUCUAAGAAAAUACCUUGAAAUUUAUAGUCAGAAAAAAAAAAUAUCCAAUGUGGCAUGUACUUUAUCCAAGUCAUAUUGUUUGCAACUCUUGAGGCUCCACACUAGAGAAUUAUUAUUUAUUAUAUACAUGAGAAACUUGUGGAAGUGUUUAAUGCUCAAAUCUUAGAAACUACCCAGGGUUUAUGCUGAGAGAAACUGAAAAUGUGACAAUGAAGGGAAUCUUUAAUUAAAAGUUUUACUUGUUCACUUUCAAAUAUAUCAUAAUGAAGAUACAAUGGAGAUGCUAGAAGAAUAUGGAAUUGAGUAAUGUUUCCUGGAGACUGAAAUGAUCUAUUUCAAAGAGAAGCUGGUUAAAGCAAUAAAUACAUACUUCAGAAUAGCUAAUGAAACUGACAUCCUUCUGUAUGCUUGUAAUUCAAAGAAUCCAUGCAGGAAAAAAUAAUAACUCAAAAUAAUUUACUCAAAUUACGCUUCUUAAAAGAGGAUUUGACAAACUGAACCACAAAGAUAGGAUGUUCUUUAUCCUGUAGAUAUGCUUAUAGUUAUGCAUUUUGCUCCCAGUGUCCAGCAUUAUCUGUAUCAUAUGCUGGUUUUAAGUUUCAGAAUAGCAAUUGUCUUUGAGUCCCUUGGGCUCUCAUCUACUCUUUCCUCUCAGUCCUGUA